AUGAAGCUAGAUGGUCGACGCAAGCACGCCUAUGAAGCAGCUGAAAUCCAAUAUCGACAACAGUUCAUCCUCGACGCCCUCCUUCGGAGCAUCAAGUACAACGACAUUACACUCGUCCAAGGACUCGUUGAGGCUAUACGAGACGGGAGGCCGUUGCUUGAAAUCGCCCAUCUUUUCCAAGACAACAUCAAAUCUUUGCAACACAAGAUGCUGGCACAUGAUCAGAAAAUUACCAUAUCGGAUUUGAUUUCACUUUCGUUGACCUGUUUGUCCGACUCGGACUUUCGUCCUCACGGCAACAGCAAGUUGUCGUCUAUUCAGCAGCAGCACCACCGCGAGUCCCGCCCGAAGGCCCCUUCCUUCGAACGUGCAGAAGACAUGAUUUAUCAUGGUCGCGCGUCUGCUAAACUUAUUCCCAAAGAGCAAUUAGGGGCGGUUGAUGCCGCCAGCACACCCCGUCACAUUCCUUCUGCCUCGGCAAAAAGACGUCGCCUGAAAGCGGCCUCCAAGAUUGCCCGCAGCACUCUUCGAGUCUCAAGCCCAGAGGUUUCUUCUGCUCCUCGUCACUGUGACCCUCCACCUGUACCGGGGCCGUUGAGUGCUUCUCAAUACUUUCCAGGAGUUAGUGGUUGGCCUGUUGAAACGUGCCCAUUACCGUCGCAAAGCUACCCCGACCAAGAGCAGGUGUAUGUACUACCAGGACAGCCAAUAUUUGCACCACCCUACGAUCACAUACCUCAAAGGUAUACUGGUCCCUGGAGCUAUACCCCUAGUUUCCCAACGCCUGAAGAAAACAGUCUCCGAAUGCACUAUCUUGACGGGCAACUCAGCACUCCAUGCCUGGACUUUUGCAAUUCGUCUCCACAAGUCAGCCAGAUAAGUCCGGGAUAUGAAUUUAGUGCCAAUCCACCAUCGUCGCAGCAAGAGUUCCAAGGUCACGGAUGCCCGGCAACUGCGGAUGGGUGGCCCAACCAGACGUGGGUAGGCCACAAGUAA